CAAUCGCCGACUGGCAGAAGCGGACAUGGUAGAAAAACAUAUCAUUCAGGCCCGAGCUCGAGCAACAGCAGAAGAAGAAAGGACCCUAAAUAUGCUGAAAGCAGAUGCUGGAGAGGACUUCCAGUACCUUGAUUUGCCCCCAGUGAAGUCCUCCUUCAGAUGGUUUGUGGAUGAUGAACUUCUCCAAAAGCAUCAUUUAAUAUGCCCGGGAGAUUAUAUCAUGGAUAGAACACCUAUUACCAGAGCACCUAAAGGAAAAUCAGAGCCUGACUACAUCAAGGAGACAUUUAGUUUUAAACAGCUUACGUCCAGAAACCUAAGGGAUAAGAAAGACAAAGAAAUCCCGCACCUUAGAAAAACACCAGGCAGUCUACCAGAAGUAUCUUUAUCCACCCUGACCCUGUCUUCAACUCCUGAGACUAAUCAUCAGACAAAGAAAUCCUCAAGUAAGAAAUCUGGCUCCUCAAAGAAGUCAGCCUGGAAAAACACCAUGUGCAAAGCAGAUAGAGAACAAGAACGUGCCUACCUUGCUAGACUUGAGAACCGACACAAUUACCUGAAGAAUCCCCGCUUUUUCCCACCAAAUACAUCUCAUGGAGGCAGAUCUCUUAUUUUUCCUCAAAAGAAGAUAGAAAGAAUGUUAGCAGGAAGGAGAGUGAUAUGUGAUGAAAGUGAUUCCCAGGCUGUUCCUGUCUUUCUCGCUAACCCACCUACUGUUUUGUUUUCCAAUUAUGAAGUUGGUAAGGUUUAUGAGAUGACCAUAGAGCUCCAGAACACGACAGCAGUAUCUCGCCAUGUAAGAGUCAUCCCUCCUUCUACUCCAGCCUUUGCCAUUGGGCUGGGAAAAUUUCCAGGAGAGGGAGGAAUUGUUGCUCCUGGGAUGACCUGUCAGUAUACAAUCCAGUUUAUUCCUGAAUACCUUGCAGAUUAUGAAGACUAUAUACUAGUGGAGACCCAAGCAUCAUAUCCUCUCCUGAUCCCUAUAGAAGCUAGGAGACCACCUCCUAUAUUAACAUUACCUCACACCAUAGAUUGUGGUUCCUGCCUUGUCGGGGGAGUGAAAAUAACAGACUUUGUGUGCAGAAAUGAAGGGCUCAGCACUGGGAAGUUCUGUAUAAUGCCCAAGAGUGCAUGGCCACCUCCUAAUUUCAGAGCUGUUGCCACUGUCGGUUUUGUGGAGCAAGCUCCAUUUGGAAUCCACCCUCCUAUUUUUGAGCUGUGGCCAGGUGAAGCUACGCUGCUAGAGGUAGCAUUUUUUCCUUCUUCUCCUGGAAAUAUGGAGCAAGUAUAUACCAUUGUUUGCGACAACUGCCAGGUCAAUGACAUCACAGUUACAGGCCUUGGACAGCUGAUAGCUAUGGAGCUUUUGUCUGUCACCGGUGGAGAAUGUUACCAUGUUCCUGGUGAGGCUAGAGACGUAACAGCACAGCACUUCGUAUGCUUUGACUCUCAGAAUCUGCACAGCACAACAGAAAAGCAGCUGAUUAUAAGAAAUUCUACCCACGUGGAACUUCCUUUCUACUGGCAGAUAAUGAAACCUAAUCUACAAUCGCUAAUGCCAGAAGAGCCUGUGAACUUGGCAAAGAUCAAGUACAACCUAGAUAUAGAGUCAGGUUUCUCUCUAAACCCUGCCCUGGGAGUACUGCAGCCUCACACAGAUCACAAGUUCACGCUCACUUAUGCUCCAAAGGAGCUGAAGGAUUAUCACAGUGUGAUUCAGAUCGUACUGAGAGAUAUCCCAGAGCCACCAAGUUCGGAGAAACAAGAUAUGAUUCUUGGAAACACACGCCCCAGAAGAGAUGAUGUGAUAGCCCUGGAAAUAGAAGUUAAAGGUUCAACAGAACCAUUUCAACUGCUUUUGGAACCAUAUGCCAUUUUCAUCCCUGGGGAAAACUUUAUUGGUAUUAAUAUUAGAAAAUCCUUCAAGAUGUGGAACAACAGCAAAUCAUCUGUCAAAUAUUCCUGGGGAAAAAUCAGUGAAUGUGAUAUACUUGAAGUUGAACCUCAUACUGGAUUCAUAGAAGCCAAUGAAUGCUGUGAAUUUGAACUGAACUUUACUGGAGGCAAACCAGGACAUGCCAGCCACAAUCUGCACUGCAAAAUUGAACACUCCACAGAGCCAGUUGUGCUGCACGCUGAGGCUGCUUUUAAGGGUCCAGUUCUUUCUGUUGGUGUUCCAUCACUUCAGUUGGGUUUGAUUAAGUUGGGAGAAAAUGUGUUAAGCUCCUUUGAGAUUCAAAACCUAAGUCCAUUGCCAGCACAGUGGAGAAUGCAAGAAAGUCGAGCCUGUUUAGCUGAAAGGAAUGAAGAGGUAUCCCCAUUCACAGUUCGGCCAUCUGAUGGAGAAUUACCUCCUUUAGGCGAAUGCAGAGUAUCAGUCCUGUUUGAGGCCCAGCAAUGUCAGCAUCUCCAGACUGUGUUAGAACUAGUGGUAGAAAACGGAGAAGAAAGUCAUCUUCCUGUUUUUGCUGAGGUGCAGACUCCCCAGGCUUGUCUGAUUUCCAGUCACCUAGUAUUCAGCGAAAUUUAUAUUGGAGUUCCUGCACAAGCAAACAUCAGACUUUUUAACCAGAUGCUGCUGCCUGCAAAAUACUGUUGGGGAGAGCUCAUUGGGAGUCAAUCUGCUCUCUGCUCUGCCAUCAUCACCCCAGCAAGUGGCAUUUUGGGCCCAAACGAAGAAAAAGAAUUGUGUGUGGAGCUGACAGCUAACACUCUGGGUGAGCUGAAGGACCUUACCCUCUGCUGUAGCAUAGAAGACAUGAAGGAUCCUCUUUUUCUGGCCAUUUCUGGACGAGUAAAGGGACUGCAUGUCACAUACUCAAUACCCUAUGACAGUGAAGUUAUCAGUGAUGAGAAACAAAUGCUACAGAGGUCUCAAGAUCUUCUGCUGGACUUUGGAUCUGAAGUUCCAUUCCAAGGCAUAGUGAAGCGUCAGCUAAUGAUUACCAAUCAUACUGGGAUUGAAGCUCCUUUCAUUGUGGAGGCUGAUUAUUUCCAAAGCUGUCUGCCUAAGCCAGAGGAACAAGGAAGCAGCCUGUCCACCACAUGCCUGGUGAAGAGGACAGCCCAGAUUACAAGGCAUGUGGCCAAGAGAGCACAAUCAGCAUUAGUAGCAGCAUUGCUGUCUCAUGGGAGAGGAGCGGCUUUCCAUGCUCAGCCGUCCACAGGAACAAUGAAAGCCUUCCAGAGACUAAUUAUUGAAAUAACAGCCUACAACAACAUGUGGGGAGAGUACCACGAUGAUCUCAUCUGUGUGGUGGGAGAUCUGAAGCCUACGUUAAUUCCUAUGCAAAUGACCGUGAAAGGCUGCCCAAUCUUCUUGCAGAUGACAGGACCUCAAGCUAAAAUGCCAAUAAUAAGGUUCGGCACUCACAUCUCCGGAGGGGACACGGUCUCCCGUUGCAUCAGGCUUAAUAAUCCUACGCCCUUUGACAUUCGCAUGGACUGGGAAACUUACAAUCAAGAACCAGAUUCGGAGAAGCUAGUGGACCUGUUGGUGUUUUAUGGCGCUCCUUUUCCUCUGAAGGACAUAGAUGGGAACGAAGUGGAGUCAAGUAUUAGCACCUCAGAGACCGAGGGUGUAUUUAACUACAAUACAGUCCAUGACACCACAGACACCAUUUCUCCAACUUCCCAGCCUACAGGCGCGUCCUAUGUAGAAGAUGGAGGAGGGAGUGAUUCUGAAGGCUGGAAUCAAGCAACUGCUCCAAAGAAAAUCAUCUCUGUGAUCAUUCAAGCUCAUGAAGGGGUUCCCUCAGACCACCCAUUCUGCGUAACUCCUAGACAAAUUGUGAUCCCAGGAGGUGGCAGCACCUCCAUCCAUGUUGCCUUCAUCCCACUCAUCCUGCCACAGAUCAUUAACAAAAUGGAGUGCCAGGGGUAUGCGCUGGGCUUCAUGAGUCUGGAUCAGAAGCUUGCACAGAUGAUACCUGGCAAGGUGUCUCGGUCACAUGGCCGUGAAGUUGCCCCUUUGAGAAUAGACCUGCAAGCGCUUGUAAAACCCGCCCUGUUAAAAGUGGAGAUGGAUUGUGAUGAAGGAUUGGUGUUUCAUUCUGUAGCAAGUGAUCUCAUACAAGAUCAGCCUCUUUCCAAGGUGCUGACAGCGUCCAUCACUAGCCACAACCUGAAGCUCACCAAUUCCACAGGGGCUCCUCUGCACUUCAGGCUCCUUCUGUCUAUGCCCUUCAGUGUAGCUGGCGACAAGAGCCUGAAAACAGCCCACAGUGACAGGGAAGAACAAGAGCAGGAGCUUCUCCUUCAUCCACAGCAAAACAUGCUGGUGAAAGUGUCAUUCCACACAACGCUGGAGUUACUUACAUAUCAGAGUCUGCCAGCUGAGCAGCUGCUUCCUGGAAUCCGAAAGCUGGAGCUGGAGAACGGAGACAGGAAGCUGGAAUUUAGUCAACAUCUAGUUAUUGAGUACAAGAACAGAACAACCCAGCUGUUGCCAGUAACUGCAUUUCUUACUGUUCCCGUACUGGAGUUCUCCUGUGAGAUGGUUGAUUUUGCAACCUGCUUUGUUGGUCAGCCCAAGAUAGAAAAUGUCUUCUUGUUGAACCGGAGCAGGUGUAGAAGUUACUGGAUUGUUCUACUGGACCAACAGGAACAGCAUACUGACCUGGAAGUAUUUUCCAUCUCCCCCUCCAGUGGAAGUCUGGAGGCCCGUGAAGCUGACUUACCCACCAAAGUACCUUUACAGAUCUGUUUUACAGCAAGGAGUGGCAUCAAAUACGAAACCACAGCAACCAUUGUUGGACUGCUGGGAGAGAAAUCCUGCGCUCUGCACAUCAGAGGCAGAGGAUCCUACGACGAGAAAUAUGAAGAUCUCCGCUCGGUGUUUAAGUAAGAUGGUCCAGGUGAGAUGUCAACGUAAUGGGCUGAGCUCUUGGCUAUUGCUGUCAUUGGAAUUUCAUGCACAAGAUAAGCCACUUUGUCUAUGAUUAUUUUGCUUAAAAUGAAACUAGAUGAAUGAACUUUCCAAAUAAAACCCCAAGGAAUGUCUAAGAAUUUUACUAAAAUGGGAUGUCUUCCAACCCCCUCUCCCCCACCAUGGUACUCAGGAAAGCAUAUUUUUGUGCCAGAACAGAACAUGCCGUGUUUCAUUUUUAUUCCCAUAUGUGCCUCAAUACCUUCCCUAAAGCAGGCUGUUCCUAAAGAAAGUGAAGGGAGCUUCUGUAACAGGCAUGCCACGAGCAUUGUUGUAAAACCAGAGUGCCUUGUAGUUCCUGUAUAACCUGUUCCUUAGCUUAAAAACAAGUUGGUUAAUUCUGUAUCAGUCACCGUGCACAAGUUGGUGAAUAAAAAAAACAACAGAGACCAACACUGAGUCCAUAUUCUUUAUCAUCUUAUAUAAAAGUCAAUGGAAUUAGGUGUCAAAAAUCCCCGGGGCACCUUUGUAAAGUGCCACCCUAAGGUAACAGACUAUUAAUUACCUCCAACCUGGGAUUCCCCAUUUGGGCUAGAAGAAGCCUUUAAUUCUCUCAAUUUUUAUCUAUUGGCAGCCUCACGAAUUCAGACUUCAAGUUGAUCUUUGAAGUGCAACAAUAUUUCAGCCUUGCUGCCUCCCUUUUCCCCCCACAGCAGUGUAUGGACAGGAAGAGGAGAGAAAUAUUGAAGUCUGUGCAUUGCACCUGAGUUAAGACAGAUUUGUUCAAGCAGUGAGAGCCCCACUGCUCUGACAAAACAUGGGCCCACGAUUUUUACAUCACCCAGAUCAACAGUCAAAUUUGACAGGAAUGGGAAAUGCAGCUUCCUUGACCCCAUAAAUUAGACAUCUCCUUGAAGUUACCCCAUCAUAAUUCCUGGGUCUCCAGCACACUGCUUCUAUUCUAUUUGAAUACUUUAUCCUGAUUAGCAGGAAGGUGCAAAUAUCAAGAAUUCAGCCUACUGGUGAGCAUUUUUUAAAAUAAUGCAACAUUAUCUAAAUACCAUUGAUUUAAACAUUUCUAAACAUCCUAGACCAGGAACUGGCAACCUUUUGCUGCUGCAAGCUGCUGCUUGCUAUGCAGCCCUCACACUGUAGGUUGUAAAUCCCCACACACACCAUCAGAUGUUGUGAAGACGAUACACAAGAGAGGCAGCAGGACUAGCCUCUGCUGCCUUGGUGGCAACAGCUGCUGGCAAUGCCUUCUCUGCUGCUUCAGCUGGAGGAUGCCACCAAUUCCCCUGCUGUCCUGGCCUGGAUCCCAUCUCUUCUUAGGCUGGAUCCCGCCUGCAGGCUGCCCUAGACAGUAAGCCUGCUUUCUUUUAAUGGUUACCAGCACUGAGCGGGCUUUCCACCCUUGAAAGGUAGUUUACGAGGGAGAGAGUUUUAGAGGGCCAGAGGCAUGUGGCUGUAUUGGUACUGGAACAUCGUGCGAGUUACUGAUACUUGGCCAUUGCUAACAGCAAAUAAGGAAUGUACUGAAAUGACUUCUGUACUAGGAUAAUUAGAGACAAGGCAGGUUUACGUUUACUGUUAAUUCAGGGGAAAAGCUGAUUUUAGGUCACCCAACAAGCUACAAUUAAACAGAAAUGCAGCAAAGGACAGGAAUGAUUGGCCUCUAGCUUAAAAUUCCCAGUUUCUAGCAGCCGCUGAAGCCUUUCCCUAACCUCUCCCUCCUCCAACCCCUCAUAGUUUAAGAGGCCCCUCACUGUGAGGAGAUAAACUCCCAUCAAGUUUCUCCCAUUCAGUCCAAGUUGUUUCACAACAGCUAGGUAGAAAACCAUGAUUUUUUGGUGGAACCCAUGGCCAGUCUGGCACUCAAACCAUCCACACACACAGUAAAGAGGAGCAACAGCUUGGAUGCACUGGGGCCAGCUGGUGGUGAAUUACUCACAUUUAACCAUUUUAAAUACAGAAUUUGCACUGGGCUCUAACAAACCCGCCCCCCCCCCCCCCCC